AUGGACUUCCAGAACACCAAGCACCUAGUAUCCGCCGCCCAGAAGAUGCGGGCCGAAUACCUUAAGGGUGCCCACACCACCGCUAUCUCCGUCCAGCAAGCAGCCACCUGCCGCAACGACCCCGUCAAGGGUCCUUUGUGGAUUAGCAAGUUUUCGCUUCCCAGGCCGACCGACGAUACCUCUCUUGACCUCCUUUUAAAGCUGGUCGACGAGGCCAACGAGCACCACGUGCGCUACGACCACCCGAUCUCAGUUCCGCUCGACUUUGAAUGGGUGGGCUACCGAAGCAAUGUCCAGAAGCAUACCCCACAGCCCGAGGUCGGGGAGAAGGAAAAGUUCGCCAAAUUGACGGCAGAGACUAAGUCCCCACUGACUAUCCUCUACCUCUACGGGGGUACUUUCGUGUUAAACAGCCCUUCCAGCUAUCGCAAAACGGCAGCUUCCUUAUCCCAGGCCACGGGAGGGAAGGUCUUGCUCGUGCGACAGCGACUAGCUCCUCAGAAUCCCUUCCCGGCGGCUCUACUGGACGCUUUCCAAGCGUAUCUGACUUUGCUGAAUCCCCCGGCAGGAAGCCCCCACGAACCCAUUCCUGCCUCCUCGAUCGUUGUAGCUGGGGAUAGCUCGGGAGCCUGUCUGGCCCUGGGUCUCCUCCAGGUCCUGCUCCGGUUGCAGCGCCGGGGAGCGACCAUCACCUUCCACGGUGCCACAGCGCCACCCGUCGUUCCAGCAGGAAUGGCCCUGCUUAGUCCUGUGGCUGACCUCACCAACGCCUUCCCGUCGUUUGACCGCAAUGCCUACUGCGAUAUCUUCCCCGUCCCCAUAGAGAAGCUACCUUAUCUAGAGAAAAGUUUUCCUAUCUGCGCAGCCUGGCCAACACGACCCCCUCGCGCUAAUCUCUACUGCGAGGCGGGCAUGCUUGCCCAUCCACUGGCGAGCCCUGCCGCGGCGGACGACUGGACGGGCACGUGUCCGAUCUGGAUGGGUUCAGGGCAGGAGCAGAUCGUGGAUGCAUCGCGACUAGUGGCGCGGGAGAUUCAUCGGGCUGGCGGGUCGGUCACCCUGCGCGAAUAUGAGAGUAUGCCCCAUACCUUCUUCUGGGUGUUCCGGGGCGCCCCACAGACCAAAGAAAUCCUAGCGGAGUGGGCCCAGGCGAUUGUAAGGUUUGCGCGGGGAGAGCGACCGCCGUCGAGUGCGCAGUUCAUCAGGGCACGGGGCCUAAGGGCGGAACCGCUGCAGAUGGAGGACCUCGUGUCGUUCACGGUACAACAGGCGCAGGAGAUGAUGUGGAAGAAAACACAAGGCUACAAGGUACCGGCCUUUCAUCAGGAGCCUGGUCGAUCCAGUUUGUAG